UUGUAUGUACAGCUUGAGUUUGGGGCCUAAGUCGAAUGUCCACAGUUCUGUGCCUGAGACAGUAAAAUCCUGAAGAAGAACAGUGAAAUCAAGAAGGGGAAGGACAAGAAGAAGAAGAAGGAUAAUAUAGACGAGCCCAGAUCAGAUCAGAUCCGACCCACAUCCGCAGGUCCUCCUGGAGAGGUUUUCAUACUGCUCCUGAACCUUCUGAACAACCUUCAAGAGCCUUGUAGGGCCGUAACGCAGACGGGUAUUGCUUGCGAGAAAUGGAUCCUGGUCGCUAUGGUCUUCAUCGAGGAUGGGAUAAUAACAGCGCUUUGGAGGGUUAUGGUGCGGUACAUGAGCCAAACUUCCGGGUUGGUGCUUCCUACGAUGAAAGGAGGUUUUUAGAUGAAAGAUACUCAAGAGAAAAUGUUUACCCGAGAAAUGCCUUCCAUCGUGAAGUAUUGGACAGGGAUAACUAUCCACCACUACCUCCUCCUAUUGGUCUUUGGCCACAAUCAAGGAGGAGAAGUUAUGAAGAGGAAUAUCCUCUUGAUAGGGAAUCUAGGCGACAUGAAAAAUCAUACAUUAGUUCAUACCAUGAGAUGGAUACGUUUCGUGAUCAUGACAUUGAUACCAUUCAAGAGUUUGAUAAGUUUGGGGAUGGGUAUCACAAUGUUGACAACUCUCGUGAUCAUGGAUUUGGAAGGCCUGCUAGGUUUGAGGGACGCGAUCGUGAUGAUUAUGCUUAUGAUGAUUAUGAUCGUAGGUCCCGUUUGUCCCAUCAAAGCAGGGAGGAUAGCCGUGAUAGGGACUAUGACCAUGGUCGUCAUAGUUAUGAUUCCGAUUACGAUAGAAGUAGUAGGAGAGAUGGAAAUUGGAGGCAGCGUGGAUCCCGUGAUAAGAGAUGCCCUAGUCGGGAACGAGAUCAGAGUCCACAUAGAAGGCAUGAGCGCUCCUGGUCUCGGGGGCAUGAUGAUCACCCUAGAUCAAGGUCCCCUCGAGCACGAAGCCAUAGUCGAACUCAUCGCGAGGACAGCUACGAUGAUGAUCGACAUGAGAGGAUGGAUAAGCGAAGGGAGCGUGAAGAGAAGCGUCAUCGCGAGCAAUAUUCUGUGGCCCCAUCUGCCACUGUUGUUGUGAAGGGCCUUUCACAGAAGACAACUGAGGAAGAUUUGUACCAGAUCCUUGCUGAAUGGGGACCCCUUCGUCAUGUUCGUGUGAUCAAAGAGCGAAACUCUGGGAUCUCGCGUGGAUUUGCUUUUAUUGACUUUCCUUCUGUGGGAGCAGCUCGUGCAAUGAUGGACAAGAUUGGAGAUGAUGGUCUUGUUGUGGAUGGAAGAAAGCUUUUUUUUGAGUAUAGUAGUAAGCCAACUGGUGGGGCUGGACAAUUUGGUCAAGAGAAUGCUUUGAAAUCAGGCCACUUUAACCAUAGAAGCAUUACGGUACCAUCUGAUUGGAUGUGCAACUCUUGUGGCUGUGUCAAUUUUGCUCGGCGAACGUCUUGCUUCCAGUGUAACGAGCCACGUACAGAUGAUGCUCUCCCAGCAGAUAUUGCUUUAUCAAAUCCAGCACCCAUAGGAAAGAAAGGAUUGGAGGCAGGUCCUACUCAUGUUUUGGUUGUUCGAGGAUUGGAUGAAAAUGCUGACGAGGAAAUGCUUCGUUAUGAAUUUUCCAAACAUGCUCCAAUUAAGGACCUUCGUCUUGUCAGAGACAAAUUUACUCAUGUCUCAAGGGGAUUUGCAUUUGUACAUUUUCAUUCGGUAGAGGAUGCAACCAAAGCUCUUGAAGCAACGAAUGGAAUGACACUUGAAAAAAAUGGGCAGAUCUUGAGGGUUGCAUAUGCAAAAAGCAUCCUUGGUCCAGGAUCAGGCACAUCAGGACCUUCCCAAUCAAGCAGCCUUGCUGCUGCCGCAAUUGAGGCAGCAACAUUUGCUCAACAGUAUGAUGCUGUUGGAUGGGCACCAAAAGAGUAUAACCCAGAUGACAAACAACCAGCCAGCAGGCAGGAACAAAUUGAUGGGGAGGUUCAAGUUCAAAAUGACAGUUCAGCUCCACAAGCUGGAUUUGUGUGGGAUGAGGCAUCUGGUUAUUACUAUGAUGCUGCUUCUGGGUUUUACUAUGAUGGAAAUACAGGUCUCUAUUAUGAUGGUAACAGUGGAAUUUGGUAUACAUAUGACCAACAAACUCAUCAGUACAUCCCUUGCACUGAUCAGAAUGACAACAAAACAUCUGGUGACCAAUCUGAGCCCCCCAAGGCAUCAGAUGGUUCUAGUAAUAGACAAGUGGUUAUCUCUGCACCAGCUACUACGUCAGUUGAGAAGACUGCCUCAUUGCCAGAUGCAGUGCAGGCUGCAGCAACAGCAGCAAUAGCUGCAGAGAAGAAAGAGAAAGAGAAAUCAAAAGAGAUAAAACUUGCUUCAAGGAGCAGUAUUCUGGCAAAUAAGAAGAAAAUGAAUAAUGUAUUGUCUCUCUGGAAGCAGAGGAGUCAUGAAGGGCAAGCAACUCGUGUGGCUCUUGAUGAGAGUCAACUAUCUGGGUCAGCUGAUGACAGAUCCUUUUCUGUUGGACAGUCCACAAAAAGCAAGUUUAAGGCUGAUCCAUCGUCCAUAAAAGAUAAUUCCGUGUCGAGUUCAGGAGCUUCCAACACUGCCUCUGCGGCCCAGGCUGUUGGUUUGGAUUCUCCAGUCAAGCCUAGACCUGUGAGUAACAGCUUAGGGGGGACUGUGAUGGGGGUCAUUAGGGGUUCUGGAAGAGCUACAGUUAGAUCAGAAUCUACGUAUUCAGGAUCAUCUGGUGGUGUUUCCUCUUCAACUGUUGCUACAAGUGCUACUGGUUUUCCUUUAUCAACAAAUGCAGAUACUUCUACAGCUGUAACUCCAUUUAAAACGGAUGCAUCUGCGUUGGGUACCUAUGCACCACCUGCGGCUAUUGGGGGUGGCAAGAGGAGGUUUUCUGAAAUGCCACUCAAUCCAGCUUCUACAUAUAAGGAGCAACCUCAAACUACCUAUAGGGAUCGUGCAGCUGAGCGAAGGAGCUUGUAUGGGUCAUCUUCUGUUGGAGAGGAUUUAUCUGACUUGGGAUUUGGUGAUUCAAAUCGAGAUAUUGCAUCAAGGAAGGGUUCUAUGGAUUCAAUGCCUUUUCCCCCCGGUGUUGGUGGAGGACGUGUAUUCGGAGAUGCUAAUGUUAAUAGUUAUGAGGUCAUUACUGCAGACAAAGCAAUUGAUGAAAGCAAUGUGGGUAACAGGAUGCUCCGCAGCAUGGGCUGGCAUGAAGGCUCGGGAUUAGGGAAGGAUGGAAGUGGAAUGGUAGAGCCAGUCCAGGCGCAAGCCGUGGAAAGUAGAGCAGGACUUGGGAGUCAGCAGAAGAAGCUUGAUCCUAGCCUUGAGGUGCAGGCUGGAGAUAGUUACAAAACCCUACUUCAUAAGAAGGCACUUGCCAGGUUUCGGGAGAUGUCGUAGAUAGAUAGAUGUGGGGUUUGCAGGAAACUGAAAAAAAAAAGAAAAGAGAGAGAGGGAAGGUAGUGUCAAGACCUUGAAAAACUGGUAGUAGAAAAUGUAGUGUGCGUUGUAGAGAGGCGAUUUGGUCGUGCAGUAUUGGUUGAAGGUGUGUCUUGACUCAUUUUCUAUUGUCUAUUGUAAAAACUAGCUUUUCAACUCUUGAAAAGUUCUAGUAUUAUUGAAAGCUUUGAAAAUUUGAUUA